UACAAAAUGUACAUAUAAAUGCUUCCUACAAUAUGUAAAACUACUUCAGGUAAAACGGGAAUGGUAUCAAUACUUGGCUUACUUGUGUUUCACUAUUAUGUUUAACGCGGAUGUUAAAAUUUUCAAGUUGUUAAAACCAUUCACAUAAUAUAAUAAAUAUGGGAGACAAAGCAACAAAGUUAUUAAACACACGUGUGUUAUUUCGUACAAACAGAAUGGAUUGGAAACUGGUUUUGAUACUUGUGCCGUUGGUGACUGUAUGUUCACCACAGCUGAUCAUUCCUAGAAGAACAUUGGGAUUCGUGUAUGAUAGCGGAAGCAACAAUGCAGCCAUACAUCUUGAUAUCCACAUGGGGCCUCUGUGUCCUGACAGCAGGGAUGCACUUCCGGUUGCUUUGCAAGUGGCUGAUCACUAUGGGAAAACGACUUUGAAGCUGACGCUACAUAUGUUUCCUCUACCGUACCAUCAUCAGGCGUAUCUUACAGCUAAAGGUGCUGAAAUUGUGAGGAAGCUAGGGGCGGGUGAUGUUACUGCCUACAAUUGGUUCCAGUAUAUUUACGCAAAUUUAGACAAGUUUUCUAACUACGCAACAAUAAAUAUGACAACCAUUGAUGUUAUAGAGAUGUUGUCCACAGCAGCCAAGGCUUUUGGGAUAGACGCAGCCAAAUUUGAGGAAAGUAUGCAAUCAAUCGAUAUAGAGAUUGCGACAAGAGCCGCUUGGAAAUACUCCUGCACACGAGCAGUAGCAAGUACACCUACAUUCUUUGUAAAUGACAUAACGGUAGCUGCUGACCCAACAUGGACGCUGAAUGACUGGAAACGAGUAAUUGACCCGCUGCUCCAAGGAAGCCAUAAACGAUCCAACAAGGACUGCCCCAUUGACACAAAGAAGUGCGAGUAUCUGCCUGGCAAGGUAGAAUGCUGUAAGAAAGGCGAGGCGUGUAUUCCAAAUGUCGGGUGCCGUUGCUGAUUCGUGUUCCAGUGCAUAGAAAUACUGUUAUACGAGUGUGCCAAUUUUUCCAACUUAGAUUCUUAAAAACAAAUUUAUACUAGUAUUUAUACUAAACCGGACGUCCAAUGCCCAAUCCAUAUGUGUUUUUAUGAUUUCUUUAGGUUUAGCUGAGGUGGUAAAAUAAAACAAAUAAAAUUAUA